ACAAAAAUUUGAUCGAUGAGGAUGACAACUUACCAAUAGAUGUUCUACCAUUUCCAGUUGAUAAUGAAAGCGAGAACUUGAUCGAUAAUAGAAGCUAUAACUUGCUAACAUGUCUCGAGGAAGAGCUCAACAACGAGAUUAUAAAUGACUUUUUGUAUAUGGAUAACAUUUACGAUAAUGUGUAUGAUUCUGAAGAACAGUUUUUAGAGAUUGAUAGUCAACAUACAAAAGCUGCUAAGAAACGAUUAGCUACUGAAUACAGAUUGACACCACAGGAUUUAUACCAUUCUAUGGCUGAAAAAGCACGUACUUUAUUAGAAGUUACAUUUAGCAUACUCAAUGUAAUUGGUGAAAAGGCUUUUAUAGAACAUUGGAAAAAUAUUGAAAAACCAUCCCAUUGA